CACAUACACACAUACACACACAUCCCCUCACAUAUACACUCACAGCUGUUGAUUCCUCUCUCACUGAUGAACACCGGUACAGACGUGGAGAGGAGCCGGCAGGAAUUGGAACAAAUCUGUUCUCUGCUGGAAAAACCUGGAGGGACAAGUGGACGGACUGGUUCUCUGUGAUCGCUGCCUGCCUCUCACUUUCUGUCCCGCUCUUUCUCUUUGACUCUCUCGUCUUCUCUCUGGGACUCAGUGUUGGAAUUUUGAGCGCAGACGGCGAGCAGCAGAGGAAAACAGAGACAUGUGUUUUGCCUCAGCCGCCUACUACCACUGCCUGUGCUCUCCCAUUCACUGACCGAGGAGGAAACACAAGGUAGAGUCCGAGCCAUAGAGUGAGUGAGCGAGGUGAAGCAGGCAUGAGUGCGGACAGCCAUCAGGAGGUGGUGACCACCCCUCCUCCGCCUGGCAGAGGGACCAAGGAGCGCUACUUCGACCGGGUCAAUGUCAACGAUCCUGAAUACAUCAGGGCCAGGAACAUGUCGCCCGACCUGAGGCAGGACUUCAACGUUCUGGAGCAGAAGAAACGUGUCACACAGAUACUACAGAGCCCCGCCUUCAAGGAGGAGUUGGAGGGUCUGAUCCAUGAGCAGCAGAAGAAGGGGAACAACCCAAGCGGCCUGCUCGCCCUCAGACAGAUUGCAGACUUCUUCAUGACCAGCUCAGUGGCUGGUUUCAACAGCUCCCCCCUCAGUCUGGGGGCGGUCACUCCCAUCAACGACAUGUACGGAGUGGAAUCCACCACGAUGGUGAAAGGCGAGAAGCUGACGCGCUGUAAACUGGCCAGCCUCUACAGACUUGUGGACCUGUUCAACUGGUCGCACUUCACUAACACUUACAUCACGGCCCGAGUCAGUAAAGAGCAAGACCACAUCCUUAUCAGCCCCAGAGGUCUGUCAUACGCUGAGGCAUCUGCAUCAAACCUGGUGAAGGUCAACAUCAUCGGGGAUGUGAUCGAGCAGGGCUCCACCAACCUGAGGGUCGACCCUGCAGGGUUCAGCCCCCACGCCGCCAUCUACUCAAUGCGUCCAGACAUACGCUGCAUCGUACAUGUGCACACUCCUGCCACGGCUGCCGUGUCAUCUAUGAAGUGCGGAAUCCUGCCCAUUUCCCAGGAGGCAUUGAUCCUGGGUGACAUAGCGUACUACGACUACCAGGGCAGCCUGGACGACCAGGAGGACCGCAGAGACCUGCAGAAGGCCCUGGGGCCGACAACAAAGGUGUUGGUGCUGAGGAAUCAUGGUGUGGUUGCUCUUGGGGAAAACGUCGAAGAGGCAUUUAAUAAAGUCUACACUGUCCACUAUGCUUGCGAAAUCCAGGUGAACGCCAUCUCGUGUGCCGGCGGCGUGGACAACCUGAUCUUGCUGGACCAGGAGAAGUACAAAUCACGAACGGCCGACAUAUCCACAGCAGGUGACAUCAACAUGGUGAGCGAGAUCAGGUGGAAGGCCGGGGAGCUGGAGUUUGAGGCUCUGAUGAGGAUGCUGGAUAACCUGGGCUACCGGACGGGUUACGCCUACAGACACCCCAUCAUCCGGGAGAAGCCGAGACACAAGAGCGAUGUGGAGAUCCCUGCCACCGUCACUGCGUUUUUGUUCGAGGAGGAUGGGGACUGUGCCACGCGCCUGCCCUUCAAGUUUUUGCAGCAGCGGCAGCAGAGGGAGAAGACGCGCUGGCUCAACUCGCCGAACAGCUACACCAAGGUCAAUGUGGAGGGCGGCGAGGAGCGCUACAAUAGCCGGACAACCACGUGGAUGAAGGCGGAAGAGACAGGAACCCCGAUCAGGAUCGAGGACCCCAAUCAGUUUGUCCCUCUCAACACAGACCCCAGUGAGGUUCUACUGAAGAGGAACAAAAUCAGAGAGCAGAACCGGUUUGAUGUGAUGACGUCAGGUCCACGCUCUCAGCACCUCGCAGGAAUCCCUGUCGACGCACCACGACAGGAUCUGGUGCAGAUUAAAGUUCUGCCAUACGUGCCCACAGAGGAGGAGCAGAUGGCUCCCCUGCCUCCCAACCCCUUCAGUGAGCUGCUGGAGAAGGACCAGGAGGAGUACCGCAAGAACGCAGAGAGGAGGCAACUGGGACUCAGUGAUGGCGAGCACGAGCUAACCUCCGACGACGGCUCCACUCUCUCUCAGUCUCUGUCUCUCACCCAGUCCCCGCAAAGCACUCCGGCUAAAGAAGAGAACCACGCGGGCCUGAUGAACGGCAAAGACAACCACAGGGACGCGGACGAGGAGCUAACCAAGCGCGUCAGCCAGCUGACCACCAGCGUGGAGAGCGUGGAAAUAACAGUGCGCUCCGGCGAGAAGAUCGAGGAGGCGCUGUCUCCCGAGAGCUCGCCCUCCAAAUCCCCCAACACCAAGAAGAAGAAGAAGUUCCGCACCCCUUCCUUCCUGAAGAAGAACAAAAAGAAGACGGAAGCCUGAGAUUAAAGUAGCGAGGCAGGCGGGGAAAUCCUUCUGUGUAGAAGAGUGAGGGACGUUUCUGUUAAAGCGUCUGUGUUUUUAUUUUGUCUCUGUUUUUAAUGUCCUUUCAUGUUUUUAAUUUUAUUAGAUUUUUUUAACAAAAGGUUUUAUGUGCAAAAGGCAAAAGAAAGGAUUACAGAAAAAAAAGAAUUGGUUUGUAACGACGACAGUAUGUUCGGGGAAUUUGGGAUGAUUGUGGGGGUACACAUAUUAAAACUGCAGUGGAUAGAUGUUUGGUCUACACAACUAAACACCCAUGCAGUUCUCUAACAGGGCUCCAUAGAAGCCAGCAAGUGCCAUUUGAGGCCAUUUAGAUCCUGAGGAACUGGCUCCUCCUGAAUUGUCUCCCCUCGUCUGAAAAUCCGAACUUGAAACCACAGAGCGUAUCUCUUGCUUCAAAAUCCAAUUUUAUGAAAUGAUUGGAUUGCAACCUGAAUGUUGUAAAACUGCUCAGAGUCGAAACUAAAACCUUUUUCUUUAAAUCUGUCCAGGCUUCCGGGUCUUUUCAGGUUUUUGUUUUUUUUCACAUUCUGGUCACCUGACUCAUCGGGAACCGAACGGCCACAUGAAAUUUGAAUUCACACUGGAAUGGGUUUGUGUUGAUUCAUUUACUGUGAGGGUAGUUUAUCUCUCCGCCUCGCUUCACACUCUUCAGGCUUCUUUAGACGCAGGCAUAAGAUACAAACCUUCUCCUCGGCCGAUGGUGUUUGACGAGUUAACGAGUUAACAAACUGGACUAGAGGGUCAGGAUGAAGGCUGCUGGUCCGUCACGGCCAAGUCGACAUUAUCUCAUACGAGCUGCCGACCUAAUAAAUAUAUUUAUGUAGCAUUUUCAUGUCUUUUCUUCAUCUCAGUGUUUUUUGCCAAACUAAAUGAAAGAAUGGAAAAAAAACUAUCAUUUUAGUAAAGCUUCACUCUUAGUUUGUCAUCUCAUGAAAUUUAAACUUUUUUACUGAAGACAAAUUUGGUAUUAGUGGACUAUGUUUUGUACUCAUUUUUAAGCUUUUACAGAGAAUACGGAUGUUACGCAUGUUUUCUCUUUUUUGCGAGAGCUGAAUUUCUACGGCUGUAGUGAUGCCUGAUUGCUCAAAUUAUAUUCUAGUCUUCAGAGUACACAAAUCUACUAUAUAACAUGAAAACUGGAUAUGUUGGCUAUAGAUUUUUAACUAUAUAUUUUUUAUUUUAUUGUGCUGCACUUUUCUCAUGGUAUGUAACACAUUUUAGAUGCAGGUGGUUUCACCAGUGAAGGAGAUUGUGAAGUAUUUGGUAAAAGUAGCAAAGCAAGGCAUAGUCAGGGGCCCAGAAAGUGAGUCACAUGAAGACAGAAAGAAAAAUCUUUCAUCGGUGUCGCACAUGAGAAGUGAUCAGUAAGUCAACAGAAAUAACAGAAAACAGGGAGUGUAGCAUUGAAAUACUGCAUCGAACUGUCCGCAGUCAUUUGCUGAAAUGAGAAUCACAGGUUGUGGAGUGGUGACAUUUGUUUUUGGUGUGUUUGUGUGUUUGUUUUUAAAGCCAUAUUGUAAUUUUUUUUCCACCAUUUAAUUUUCUUUUAAAUGAUGAGACAAGGGUUGCAAAUCUCGUCUGCCUGUGCAGCCGUCAAGGACCCUUAUAAGACUUAUGUUAAAUCACCCCAGUGACUGCAUUCACAUCUCUCAGGCUUCCCCCCCCCCCCAAAAAAAACUCUUGUUUUCAGUAGCUACAUUCACAGUAGCUACACUUCCUCGCUUAAUUUUGUCAUUAACUUUCUAAUGGUACUGGAACCAUUUGAGUGAGGUCGUAUGGACAGUUUUUUUUUUUUAUAUCACUCUGCAAGCCCGGUCGUCUUUUCAGUUUCUAAAGCCUCCCCUCAUGUAAUUUCUCCUGCAAACAAGAUUGUGGUGCAACCAUCAGACGACCCAUAGUUGAACUCUGCAAAAGCGUGAUGGGUUGACACACAUCUUCCCUCCCCCGGAGUUUAACCAGAUAUACCAAUAUCCCAGCUAGCAAUGUGAAGUAUUGGAUUUGGACGGAGGGAUAGAGGGAGGGUUUCGAGACUCAUCUUUAGCCAUGUUUGGCGCUUUCGGCUUAAGGCGAGGAGCUGAGGUCACACAAGUGAGUGAUGGAGAAGAGAGGUGUGAGUUUGGAAAUUAAAGUGCAUCUGUGUGUGUGCGCGUGUGUGCGAGCGAGUGUGAGUGUGAGAGAGUGACAGAGAAGUAGAGACGGGGCACGGGGUAAAGACAACCUGACUAACGCACCAUGUUUUCAUCACGCAGACUUGUCUCUUUUUUUUUCUUUCAAACCAUCUCUCCUGAAAAUGUUUUUCCCAUCCUCCAUUUGUAUCGCAGUACGCUUUCUUUUUCAUCUCUUACUUUGCAAAGGGCACAAGACUUUUUUUUUAAUCAGCCAUUUUAUGAGCAUACGUUGCUUCCAGAUGAACUGAAUAUGCAUUGCAUCCUUUUUAUUUUCUCCUCUUCUGUUUCCAGCUGUUUGCACCUUGCUUUACUAAUGCCUCUAUCCACCUUUUUUUCUGUUAAAAAAAAAAAGAAAAAAAAAGAUCGAGUUUUGCUUUGGCAUGCCAGAAUGAGCCAAGCUACUUUGUGACCUGUGAAAAUCCUAUAUAAAUGGUUAUCUAAUGGAGUUGCUUUUAGAUGUAUUGCUAAUCAGUGUACAUUCACAAAUAAAACUGUAUUUUAAGAAA